GUACGCGUCCAUAUCUGCAACGUAGCGCUGGUUUGUAUAUAAGGCGUUAUUUGUAUUUACCGUCUUUCACCAGCGACGAGAAAAAAAACGAACCAACUCCAACGCUCGGUUUAGAACAAUGCGAUUUAUGGGCACCGGCAAAGUUUCGACGCGUAACGAUACCACUAAACAUCCUCCAAUCAACGUCGUAGAGGAACGGUAAUGGUCAACUGUAUUGGUGAUGUUUAACAUUGCGCUCGAGGUAAUUUCAAGAACUGGUCAGAUUUCGUAUCUGCUCUAGCGAUAAGCCUCAGCUUACUUUCGCAAAUACGCUCCUGGUGCAUGUUUAAGAAAAGGAGACAGGAGUCGGCGAGUGGAAGCAAGACAAGGAGAUGCGGAAGUGACGAAAGAUGUAAAUAUAAUCCGCUCUUACAUCAUCGAUCGUGGUUUGGUUUAGCAGCGUAAUCCCAACAAAGAAAAUUCAGUCAAAAUAACACCAAAAUAUAUCAAACAGAGCAAACAACCGGGGUAAAUUAUAAUGACGAGAUUAGCAUCUGCUUUCAUAAAAUGUAUGGCACGAUCCAAAAAAGGGUGUGGAAAGUAUUCGCUGGCUAGCGUCAGCGGCGUCGCAGGGUUGGGCGCUUUACUUCUUACCCGAGAGGGUAAAAAUGACGAUGACAACAUCGUAUUGGGCACGAAGGGGUUGCUUAGGUUUGUUAGAUCUGUUCGAAUAGGGUUAACAAUAACAUUAGACUAUUACGUAUCGAUGCAAGGCCUCACGGACGGUAAACCAAAUUAUGACGUAAUGAUGAGCCGAAUCCACCGAAGAUGUGCGGAACGUAUUAGGGACGGUUGUCUUCAAAAUGGUGGAACCUAUGUUAAAUUGGGACAGGGAUUAGUAUCGUUAAGUCAUAUUUUACCCAAGGAGUAUAUAGACAGCUUAAAAAUAUUGCAGGAUAAAUGCUUGAAACGAGAAAAAGACGAAUUGUAUCAAAUAUUUGAAGAAGAUUUUGGUCAAAAACCGGAAGAGUUAUUUCAAUCUUUCGAUAUCGAACCGAUAGCAGCUGCAAGUAUCGCACAGGUUUUUAAAGCUACCACCAGGGAUGGCCAAGAAGUCGCUAUCAAAGUUCAAUAUAAAGAUUUACGAAGGCGAUUGAACGGCGAUAUUCUUACCUUAAAAAUCCUCUUGAAGACCGGCACUUGGUUCCAUCCCAAAGUAGACUUAUCCUGGAUAGUCGAUGAGUUUAGGGAGACUUUAAGCCAAGAGUUAGACUUUAUUAAUGAAGGAUUGAACGGUGAAAGGUGUGCGAGGGAUCUGCAUCACCUCAAAUAUGUAUAUAUACCUACAGUUUUGUGGAAUUACACCAGUCCAAGAAUAUUAGUUACUGAAUUUAUCGAUGCUAUUAAAAUAAACAACCUUCAAGCUCUCAAACAGAACGGAUUUUCACUUGCAGAUAUUAACAAUAAAAUGUUUGAAGCGUUUGGAUAUCAAAUUUUUAAAGCUGGUUUUGUUCACGCCGAUCCUCAUCCGGGAAAUGUUAUGGUUCGAAGACAAAAUGGUAAAACUGAAUUGAUCAUUCUCGACCAUGGUCUUUACCAAGAAGUACUGGAUACAGAAAGGAUUGCCCUGAGUCAUAUGUGGAAAGCAAUAGUAUUGGGAGACCAUAGGAACAUGCGAAAAUACUCUAACAUAUUAGGGGUUGAAGAUUAUGAAAAAUUUGCGGAAAUCCUUACACAAGCUCCACUCAAAUCCAGAGGUUUUAAACUAAAGAAAAAGCUGUCAGAAGAAGAUUUAGCGUACAUGCAACAGCAGACUGCUGAACAUUUCGACGAAAUUACUCGUUGCUUGCAACAAAUGCCCAAAACUCUCAUCUUGGUUGUAAGGAAUUUAAAUACUUUGAGAGCUAUAUCAUUUGAUCACGGUUCUCCCGUGGAUAGGUAUGCGAUAUUGGCCAGGAUGGCGUCUAAAGCUGCCUUUGACGACGAAAGCAAGGGAAACGGGAAGAUUAAACAAAUUACAGUGAAAUUAUGGUUUGAGUUGGCGCUAAUAAUUAACAAAUUUGUAACCUUCUGGAGGAUUGUCUUGGUGGACAUUUUCUACAAAUUAGGAUUGAUUCCAAAUAUCAAACCGUUGAUUGAUAUGGAAAUAAACAGACAACUAUAAACCUUAAGUACAUAAUUAGGAACUGUGUAAUGAGUGACAUUGUUCCAUUUUAAUAUAUUAUCCAGAGGUUAAAUUUUACUCCAUUACAUUAUUGUAUAACUUAGGACUCAAUAAA